AUGGAAGACAGUUAUGCAACGGCUCGAGAUCAAUCUGAUGGACACAAAGCACUGUUGGAAUUAGAAAAGCAGUUCAACAAAAAAGCAAGAGCAGCGACUUUGAGUAUUCAAGGCUCUCAAAUCCAGGCCCUCACUGGCUUCAUUCACAUGUUUGAACAAUACCCGUAUCCUGUGGUCAUUAAUGCUGCCAUUCUGAAACUAGCGGAUUGGUUUCGACUCCAUAACAACAGCGUCAAAUACUAUGUGUACAAGGUAUUUAAGGAUGCGUCCGAUCUUCAUUUGACGAAGGUGAUCAAUAUCGAGGAGACUGUGAGACGUAUUCUGCCAAUAUUAGGCUCCAAUGAUCCCAUUGCUCGAUCGAUAUCGCUUCGUGUAUUGGGCUGCAUGUCCAUGAUUAUCGCAGAGAAAUUAGAUGUUCAGUUUGCUAUUAUACAACGAUUGGAAUUAGCUACAGACCGAAUUGAGUUGGAGGCAGCCAUCUGGGCCGGUGAUCAGAUUUGCGCCAGAUCAAACAGAUUUCCGUCUGUCAUUUUCUCAAAAGUAGUGGACAAACUUCAAGAUAAACAAACGCCAUUUGACAUCAAGCUGCGACUCGUCAAGAUAUUUCGACACAUGCAUCAAGACAUUGGCAUGGCGAGACAGGCUAAAUUGACAUGUCUCGUACUAUUAGAAGAUCCACAUACAGACAGCAAGCUCGUUAUUGUCACACUCAGGACAUUGACUCUACUGCUUAGUCAAGCUGUCAUUGAUCGCAAGGAACAGAUCAAUCGAUUGCUGGAUUACGCUUUGAAUGACCAAAGAGAGGAUAUUUGCUACAACGUGUUGUACGAUCUUGUUUUGCUUGGAAAAAACGAUAUUAUGUUUGACGAGACGCAUAUUAUUCGUCUACUGCAGAUGAUUACAACCACGAAACGACGACGCAUUCAGCAAAGAGCCAUGCACUGUGCGCAGACACUGAUUGAGACGCAUCGCAAACUGAUUGUACGCAUCAUGACAAACGAGACAAGAUUAGCCACAUUUAUGAGCCAUGUAGAGGAAUGCGAGAGAAUCAUGCAUCGCUCCAUCGAGCUGCAGCAUUAUACCAACAUGAUAUCCAGCGCACGACUUUUGUACAGUAUCCUUAGAAUCGCAUUUACGCAUCAAGUGGAUGGCAAUGCAAUGGAUGUCGAUAUCCCAGUCAUGCCCACAUUGUCGGCAUUAGGGCAUCGAGUGGCAGACACCAUCACACAGGUUGAUUUGAAGCUGAUCACUCAAGAAAAGUCAAUCACUCAGUCCAACAAAUCGAGGUUACGAGAGCUAUUAAAGAUCAAAGCAAACUUCUGCUUGCUACUGGAUGAUUGGGAUUGCGAUGCGACAUUUAGACAUACAUACACAUUACUCACAGAUGCUGAUGAUGACACUGCUGCUGUGCUAUUACCCUAUCUGUCUACGAUAUCAAAGAAAUGCAGACAGUUAGCAAACUGGUUUCCACAAGAAGCAAUUGAGGAGCUGCAAAAGAGGAUCAAUAGACCCUCUGUCUAUGUCAAUUUGAUACGUUUGCUAUUGAGAACAACCGAAAGCAACCAUGAAAUCACAGCAACCCUGUUACAGCUACUACAUGAAUUUGGACAGUGGGAUCAAAGCACCGAGUGCUACUCCAAGAAUGGAUGGAAUCUGUAUUUGAUUGGCUUAGAAGCAGGGUCUUGUCAGUGGUACGAACUGAUGUACUUGAUCAUGAAAGACUUGCGAAAACGAGUGGACACGGAAGCCAGCUAUUUCUGGUUGAGUGCCUUAUCCUCACUGGCUCAGGCAGAGCACAGUUUAUCCAACAAAGAUGCCGUUUCAGAUCUAUAUAUUCAAUCCAUGCUUGAACUCAAGGCUCUGCGAUCAUUUGACCAACCUCGAUUCGACCAAAUGUGGUUUAUUCAAUUACGAAUGGAGUUUAUACAAGCCAUCGAGCGUACGAAAGCUAUUCUUGCUGCUACUUUGUCGCCCAAGAAAUUGGCAAGACAGAUGCAAACAAGCGCCGUCAUGUUUCGCGAGAUAGCAUUUCGAUAUGAUUUUAUUGCACAAGUGCAGUUUGGUGCUGAUAAGGAGGUGUUGAAUGUGAUAGAGUCCUAUAAGAUACGUGCUUUGGUUUGCGAACAUGCUGCUCGUACAUUUAUGGGGUCUGAUCAAGUGUUCUUUUGCGUGGAUCCGUCUUUGAUACCUUUGAUUACCCAGACAGAAACAGCAGCACCACAUCGAAUGGUCGAUACAGCAGGAUACAUGAUGCAUCAAUCGAAACAGUUCUUGAGAAAGGUGACAGCAUGGGAAGAGUUAGCUCACUUAGAGGGCAAUGACCGUAGACAGACUUGCGAACAAGACUUUGUGUAUAUACUAGAUGCUAUUUUAGCAGAGCCCUUGUUAAUCCCUCGAUCCUUCUUCAAGAGUCGAAAGAAUGUUAAUAUCCAACUCACAACAGAACCUAUGCUGAGCGAACUGAAGCCUAUUACAUUACAGCAAAACGAAGACCUUGUCAUUGAAUUCGAAGGACUCGUUCAAGUCAAUCCACAUGUUAAAUAUCUAGAGAAAAAAAUUCAAAAGGCAGUGAUUGUAUGCUUUGUAACAACAGAAAAGAUAUUACACUUGGAUGAUCGCAUUGGUGUCAAUAUGAUCUUCUCGGAACCAGCUCAAAUGCUUCAAGCAGAAAAUAAUCAGUCCAUAUUAGUGCAGCCACCUACUGUAUACGUUGCCAACGUGCGCAAUUCAUAUUUUACAUAUACGGGGUUGCUCAGUUUACCCAAAUCGAAAACGCGUGAAUUGUUACCCAAAACCAAAAAGGAAGCUUGGGUGAAUGUGUUUGUAAAGAUUUUAGACGAGGACUCUGGCAUUUGGUCUAUAGGUCCAUUGCAAUGGGGAAAAGUGAUAUGGUAG